AUGCCCGAGACUCGCUUUUUUGAACAACAAGAUGGUUCACGAAUUGCAUACAAGAUUAUUGAAUCGCGCAAGUCGGAAGAUAUGAAAAAUGAGAUUCCCCUUGUAUUAAUAAUAGGAUUGUGGUCAAAUAAAGAAUAUUUUAUGGGCCUGGAAAAAGAAUUGGCCAAACAUCGAAAAGUAAUCCUGUUUGAUAAUCGUGGAAUGGGCGAAUCGAGUGUUCUUAAUACUAAUGAUACGAUCUCGAUUGAUUUGAUGGCGCAAGAUACAAUUGCUUUGAUCAAGCAUCUUGGAAUAAAACAAUUUAAUCUGUUGGGGUACUCUAUGGGAGAAUUUGAUUUUCCAAAAAGCGUCCAAGAACAAAAGGAUAUGCUCACAAAUACACUCGAAAAAAGUGCUACUGAUUAUCUGCUUAAGCAUCCGGACAAGUUUGAUAAAUUUGCGGAAGUUGUGUUCAACGCUCGUCGCCCAUUUGGGAUUUUCAAACGACAGUGGGAGGCUAUGAAACAUAUGGAUUUCGUUUCGAGAUUCCAAACAAUUAAAAUGCCAACUUUGAUAAUUCAUGGUGAAGAUGACGAAGUAAUCCCUAUUCAGCAAAGUGAACUGCUUGCUCGUGAAAUUCCUAAGAACAAAUUCAUGAGGAUUCCGAACGUUGGACAUAUGUAUUUUGCAUUGGAGCCUGAAUCUCUUGGUUUCAUCAAUGAUUUUUUGCUUGAUGAAAACUUGAUGAAACUAUGA